UCAAUAAGACUCCUACAAUCCCUUCUUCACACUCACACACACACAAAAAAAACCCAGUCAGCAGCUUCUAUUAGGCUUAACAUGACAGUUUUGCCUCAUUUUUGAUUCAAAGCGGAAGACAAGGACGUUCUCUGCAGGAAUAGGGGAAACUACCACUGUGUUACAUACAUAUGAGUAACUACAGAGAAAAUUGCAGAUCUGGGACCAGUUGGAAGGACAAAAUGAACGUGUGGACAGCCCUCAUUCUGGCCUUGCAGCUGCUAUUAACAAUGUGCUUACACGUGGAAGCACAGGCUUUGGUCUAUGAUCUGCUCACCUCACCUGACUGCCUGCCAGACCUGCUGCAGGGGGGCCUGACCGGGCAAGGGGUGAACGAGGCUUUCAUCCUAACCUCCUUCAAGUUGCAGCCGAAGACCGGAACCACUGUGUUUGGCCUGUACAACCCCAGGGACAACAGCAAGUACUUUGAGUUCACAGUGAUGGGGAAGCUCAAUAGAGCUGUGUUACGCUACCUGCGGAGUGACAAGAGGAUGAGCUCUGUUACGUUCAACAACCUGGUGUUGGCAGAUGGCCAACAACACCGACUGCUGUUCCACCUCAGGGGGCUCCGGCAGCAGGGGUCGGGUGGGGUGGAGCUGCAUCUGGACUGCAGGCUGGUGGAGACAGUCAAUGAUCUCCCCGCUGCCUUCCAGGGUUUGCCAGCAGGCUAUGGUACAGUGGAGCUAAAAACCAUGCAAGCUCGAGAGCAGGAAAGCUUAGACGAACUAAAGCUGGUGGUUGGGGACUCAUUUGAGAAUGUUGCCUCACUACAAGACUGCCAUUUCCAGCAAAGAGACUCAGUUCAGACCCUGGGGGUCAACACAAAGCAGCUGUCCAAUCAAAUGCUGGAGUUAACGAAGGUGAUAAAUGAGCUGAAAGAUGUCCUCAUUCAGCAGGUUAAAGAAACAUCCUUUCUCAGGAAUACCAUCUCAGAGUGUCAGGCCUGUGGUCUGGGUGGUACUGAGGUGGUGAAGCCAAGGUGUGCACCAGGUGUCUGUUUCCGUGACGAUAUGUGUAUAGAAACAGCAGAAGGUGUUGAAUGUGGACCCUGUCCUGAUGGAUACACUGGGGAUGGUUUUAGCUGUGAUGAUGUGGAUGAGUGCCAGUUUAACCCCUGCUUUCCUGGAGUGCGGUGCGUCAACACCGCCCCGGGCUUCCGCUGUGACGCCUGUCCACUGGGCUACACCGGCCUGCCAGUGGAGGGUGUGGGCAUUGUGUACGCUCAGACCAACAAACAGGUCUGUGAUGACAUUGAUGAAUGCAAAGGACCUGACAAUGGAGGCUGCGCUGCAAACUCAAUCUGCCACAACUCUGUGGGCUCCUAUCACUGUGGCAGCUGUAAGUCAGGAUUCACAGGAGAUCAGGUGAAGGGCUGUAAGCCGGAGAUCAGCUGUGGCAACAGCCUGACCAACCCCUGUGAUAUCAAUGCUCAGUGUAUCAUAGAAAGAGACGGAUCCAUCUCUUGUCAGUGUGGAAUCGGCUGGGCCGGAAAUGGAUACCUGUGUGGAAAGGAUACAGACAUUGAUGGAUAUCCAGAUGAGAAACUCAAAUGCAAAGAUCCAAACUGUAGAAAGGAUAACUGUGUCUUUGUUCCUAACUCUGGUCAAGAAGAUGCUGACAGAGAUGGGUAUGGAGAUGCCUGUGAUGAAGAUGCAGAUGGUGAUGGUAUUCUAAAUGAGCAGGACAACUGCAGGUUAAAACCCAACGUGGACCAGAGGAACAGCGAUAAGGACAGCCAUGGCGAUGCCUGUGAUAACUGCCGCAUGGUGGAUAACCACGACCAGAGGGACACUGACGGAGAUGGCAAAGGGGAUGCCUGUGAUGACGACAUGGAUGGAGACGGUCUGAAGAACUUCCUGGACAACUGCCAGCGUGUAAAGAACAGAGACCAGCUGGACCGGGAUGGAGACGGAGUGGGAGACGCCUGCGACAGCUGCCCUGACAUCCCCAAUCCCAAUCAGUCUGAUGUUGAUAAUGACUUGGUUGGAGAUUCCUGUGACACAAACCAAGACAGUGAUGGCGAUGGUCACCAGGAUACCAAGGAUAACUGCCCACUCGUGAUCAAUAGCUCCCAGCUGGACACUGACAAAGACGGGGUGGGUGACGAAUGCGAUGAUGAUGAUGACAAUGAUGGGAUCCCGGAUGUUUUACCACCAGGUCCAGACAACUGCCGGCUCGUACCAAAUCCUGACCAGACUGAUGAUAACAAUGAUGGUGUUGGAGAUGUGUGCGAGUCUGACUUUGACCAGGACAAAGUGAUAGACAGGAUUGACAACUGUCCCGAGAAUGCCGAGAUUACCUUGACUGACUUCAGGGCCUAUCAGACUGUGGUGCUGGACCCCGAAGGUGACGCCCAGAUUGACCCCAACUGGGUUGUUUUGAACCAGGGAAUGGAAAUUGUUCAGACCAUGAAUAGCGAUCCAGGACUUGCUGUUGGUUACACCGCUUUCAGCGGAGUGGACUUUGAGGGGACAUUUCACGUGAAUACGGUCACAGAUGACGACUAUGCCGGCUUCAUCUUUGGCUACCAGGACUCAUCCUCUUUCUAUGUUGUGAUGUGGAAGCAGACUGAACAGACCUACUGGCAGGCAACACCCUUCAGAGCUGUGGCCGAGCCUGGCAUACAGCUUAAGGCUGUGAAGUCUAGAUCAGGCCCUGGGGAGCACUUGAGAAACUCACUGUGGCACACAGGAGACACCAACGACCAGGUGCGUCUGCUGUGGAAGGACCCAAGAAAUGUGGGCUGGAAGGAUAAGGUGUCCUACCGCUGGUACCUGCAGCACCGCCCGCAGGUUGGAUACAUCAGAGCCCGCUUUUAUGAAGGAACUGAGCUGGUUGCAGACUCCGGUGUGACCAUUGACACGACCAUGAGAGGAGGACGACUUGGCGUGUUCUGUUUCUCGCAAGAAAACAUCAUCUGGUCUAAUCUGAAAUAUCGCUGCAAUGACACCAUCCCAGAGGAUUUCCAGGAGUUCAGCACUCAGCAUGGCGUUGACUCACUCUAAAGUCAACGCAAAAAUACCACUGCAGAGCUUCGAAGAAUGCACCAGUGUGUAUGCGUACAUGUGUGUGUCUGUGUGUGUAUAUGGAUGCAUGAGUGUGUCUGUGUUUUGGUGUUUACAGCUUUUGUGCAUACAUGACCACAAUCCUUGUAUAGUGUGUGCAUAUUAUCAUGCUGUUUCCUUUCCCUUUAAUGUGCUCUCUCUCUCUCUCACUCUCUCUCUCUCUGUUUAAUGAUCAUUUUCUCAGACACCAGCUGAGCUUGUAGUGCUAAAGCUUGAAAGUUAUAAUGGAUUUUAUCAAACACACUGCAACGUGACAUGACACAAGGACAAAAGAAACACAAGAAAACAGACAUUAAGGAGUGUUUUGGAGUGUUUCAGCUGAUGCUAGAGUGGAAAAAAAACAAGCCUGUGGAAGCAAAAUGAAACUCUUGCGAAUACAGAUUACCUACAAGGUGAACCCAGGAGGAUUCAUUAACACACAUUAGCCAUGUGUGAGCCACCUCCAUUUAUGCUUCACCAUAUGUCUGUGAUGUAAAAUUGGCCUGGUAGAAAUUGUGCACAUUUGAUUUGUAUCUUUUUGUAUUUCUCUGUCAAGAUUUUGUUUUUAAAUGUAACAUCUGUUUCUUCACAGUCUCCUCAUUCAGUAAGUUACAAAUGGAUGUGACGAUAAGUCGCUGCUGGCACGGAUGGCGAUGUGCAUUUUAUGUGCAUUUGGUCUGCUACACAGUAAAAAUAAAACACUUGCUAUUAUAAUUUUAGCCAAACUUCAGUUUUUCCCUCCAGUAGGUGCUCCAUAUUCAGAAAAUUCAAGCCUGUUUUAUUUUGCCUGGGAGUGUUUACUUCCUUCUACCCUACAGUCUUGUUCUCUUCCUCUUAACCCAUUAGUCAUGGUCAAAUUAUCUGGUAAGCUAAAUCCUUACCAAAAAAAUGUAGCAUAAGAUACCAUAACGCUGUCUUCCACAUGGCCUAUCUUCCAGUAUUACAUCCAGUUUUAUUAGUUUUUUUGUUUGUUUGUCUGUUUUCCAUACUUGUAUUUUUUUAUCUUUGUGAUGUUUUUGCAUAAUAAAUCCUACAUUUUCCCAUGAAAUAAAAAGUAACGUUAUGAUAUAAUAAUUUUUUUUACUACACAGAAGUCAUAUUUGAAUGUAUUUGGAUAUGCAGUGCUUAACAAAUUUAUUUGAUCAGCUGUCAUAAAAGCAAGAAAACAAAUACUUUAGAAAUCUGUCAAAAACCUGGAGCGAAUGAGCAGAAAACAUUUCUGAUUUCAGACUCUGCCUGCUCUCACUCACUCACUCAUUCAGUUCUACACUUCUAUCAUUUAAGCCAUAAGAUCUUGAUCAUAUCAUAUAUAUGCAGUCAUGAACCCGGUUAAAAUAAAGGGCUUUAA